AUUGUGAAUACUUCUGAGUGUACCGCCGAACGUCUAAAAUUUUACAUUUUUAUAACGAAAUUGUUUAUUGUAUAAAGUAAUAAUACUGUGAAAAACCAUGAGUAAAGAAGCUACCGAUAUCAUUAAAUCUACGGAUCCACAAGCACCAGUAACAAGGAAAGGCUAUUUGAUAUCCAUAAAAAGUGGCGAACCGAUUGAAAUAAAAGAUUCGGAUGUGCAUGGACGUUGUCGAGCAGUAACUGAUUUCGAAAAAUUGAAUCGCAUAGGUGAAGGUACCUAUGGCAUCGUUUAUCGGGCCAGGGAUACACGAUCGAACGAAGUGGUAGCCUUAAAAAAAGUGCGUAUGGACCAAGAGAAAGAUGGUUUACCAGUAAGUGGAUUACGAGAAAUAAUGAUUUUGAAAGCAUGUAAACACGAAAACAUAGUAAAUCUGAGGGAUGUUGUUGUCGGCAAAAGUUUAGAAAGCAUCUUCCUUGUUAUGGAAUAUUGUGAACAGGAUUUAGCUUCACUACUAGACAAUAUGGCACAGCCGUUCUCCGAACCUGAAGUCAAAUGUAUUAUCUUACAGGUUUUGAAUGGAUUGAAAUAUAUGCAUUCACGAUACAUAAUCCAUCGCGAUUUGAAAGUGUCUAACUUAUUAAUGACCGACCAGGGUUGUGUGAAAAUAGCUGAUUUUGGUCUUGCCCGUCUUUUUGGAGAACCAGCUACACCCAUGACUCCACAAGUUGUAACAUUGUGGUAUCGUUCACCAGAGUUGUUAUUGGGAUCAGCAACUCAAACAACAGCAGUAGAUAUGUGGGCAGUCGGCUGCAUAUUGGGUGAACUGCUUUCCCACAAACCGCUUCUACCUGGUAACACCGAGCUUGGCCAAUUGGAUUUGAUUAUAGAUUUGCUCGGCACACCAUCUGAAAACAUAUGGCCUGAAUUUUCCAAAAUGCCUGCUUUGGAAAAUUUCACAUUAAAGAAACAACCUUACAACAAUUUGAAGCCAAAAUUUCAAUAUUUGACUGCAGCCGGGCUACGGCUAUUAAACUUUCUUUUCAUGUAUGAUCCUAAGAAGCGAGCUACGGCCGAGGAAUGUUUGCAGAGCAGCUAUUUUAAGGAGCCGCUAUUGCCAUGCGACCCGAAAUUGAUGCCCACAUUCCCUCAACACCGAAAUUUGACAAAUUUAAAACCACAAACCUCUCAUCAAACUGCUCCCGAGUUACCAUCCAUAUCGGCUAUCCUGGGCAGUAUAUUAAAAAAACGACGAGUUGAAUAGUUUUUGCUAUUUAUUAAGUUGAAAUAAACAUUAAAAUGAAGUGUGAGUGCACCGUA